AUUAAAUAUAAUAGUGGACAUUUUGAUUAUCAUGGUAGAUUUUUUGUAACGGCUUAUUUUUUAAAGCCGGUGGCUUUUAUUUUGAAAAAUAACCUCUUUUAUUACCCUGUUUAUACAUUUAAUGAAUGUCGUACAGGUUUUAGCAUUUAAAUAUAUGUUUGUUUGUUUUUUUAUUAAACCAUAUAUAAACAGUAAGGCAGAGUGUUUAUGGCAGCUGGUAAAUCCACGGCAACUAAUGUGAAACUUGAUGCGAUAUCCGGCUAGAUCUGUAUCUGCCCUUGGCGAGAAUUACUAUUUUCUUUUGUAUUUUUUUGGCAAUAUUAAUUAUUGUUUUGUGAGCACACCUUUGCAAGCGGUGUCAACAUACUUAACUGGACUCGGUAGUGGCACACGGGCCCUAAAAAAACCCGUCUGUCGGUAUAUAAGUGGGUAAUGCUGUGUGUUCAGACACACUGUGAGCUCUCAGCAGGAAACAUGUGGGUUUUUGGUUACGGAUCUUUGAUUUGGAAAGUUGACUUUCCGUACGAGGAGAAACGAGUGGGUUUCGUCAAAGGUUUCAGUCGCAGAUUUUGGCAGGGAAGUACGGAUCAUCGCGGGGUACCUGGAAAGCCUGGGCGAGUGGUGACAUUAAUAGAGGACCCUGAGGGCUGUGUAUGGGGCGUUGCUUAUAAGUUGCCAGCAGGCCGAGAAAAGGAAGUGAAAGAGUAUCUGGACUACAGAGAGAAAGGCGGCUACGCGGUGAUCACGGUUACAUUUUAUCCCAAAGACGAAGAUCACCAACCAAUGCAGGAUACAUUGCUUUACAUUGGCUCCUCUGACAACCCAAAUUACCUUGGCCCAGCACCCCUGGAGACAAUUGCUCAUCAGAUUGUGAAGUCUGUAGGCCCCAGUGGCAAGAAUACAGAUUACCUGUUUGAGCUUGCUGACGCCCUCAGACAACUAGUACCUGAAGACUCUGACGAUCACCUGUUCUCUUUAGAGCACCUCGUGAAGGAGCUGCAGAAGGAGAUGGAGUGAUCUGCUAUAGUCCUUAAUCUUCUGAAAAAACUCAGGAAUUUAGUCCAUUUGUUGCUCAAAUAUAAUGACAGCUGAUGCAUGCUAAAAGGGAAUGCCUGAUAAACCAUUAGAUAAGGAAUACUACACUGUUUUUAAAUAGGAUUAUUUAAUAUAUUGUAGUCUCUUUAAUGAACGGUUCAAUCUACAUUUGAUUUAACGACGUGACGUUUCACUGCUAGUUUCUCACGUUCCACCUUGAGAUAAAAAUCAAGAACUAUAUUUCAGUAUGCGCACAAUGCAAUAUAAUGUCAUUUUGUCCAUGAAAAUGUAAAGGAAGUUACAGUUUAAUUUUCUCAGAGGCUGGUUGAUUUUACUCAGGAUACUUGAAUGUGUUACAAAGCCAUUUUUUAUUUUAUUUUAUUUUUUAUUUAUUUUAAAAGUUCCUUACCAUCCUAAUCUUCAAAUAACCCAUAUCAAGGUAAAUCUUAUGAACAUAAACGUGUCACCAAUUUACCUUAAAAUAACUAAUUUGAACUAAAUCAAAACCACUAAUUUGAAUAAAUCAAACAAAACAUGUUCUUUGGACUAUUAAGAAUUAUUUUGAAUUGUGUAACAUUUGAAUAACUAUUCCAACUAGAUUCACAAUAACAGUGUUGUUUUUUUUUGUUUUUUUUUUCUUUUAUUUCCUAUUACAGAAAAAUAAAACUUUUUUUAUUAUUAUUUAAUGUGGUCAUUAUUUAAAUGAUUAAACAUUUAGCUGCGACUGUCACAUUAAAAAAAAAAGGAAACUUACCAUUCCUCCACUUUAAUUUAUCUAUGGGAUUCACCCAAGCAAAGCUUUCGGUUUAUUAGCUUUUAUACAUAAUUUGUAGGGCUGGUUAAAAAU